GCGAAUCAGGUGACAGUUGUGACCGACUAGCGGGUGUAGCAUCUCGCCAAAGACCCUGGAAAAGCAACCUCUGAACCGACCGUAGCGACCGUGAGGAGGGUCGAUUGACCGCGGGCACUGAGCGGAGGAUUCCCGGGUGUCGAGCACCACGAUGAUUGUCGGUGCGCCGCGGGGCCUGCAGCCCGUCACCGGGACCACCCACCCCCUGUCCGCCGUCCAGGAGACGCUCUCCCCGGUCCCAGAUGUCACCGCCAGCUGCCACAUCCCCAACAGCAGCAGCAGCAGCAGUGGUGGUGGUGGAGGAGACAAAGAAGUCGUGCUGACCAAUGGCAAGCCAGUUGAGACAUCAAGUCCUGCCUCGGCGUCAUCGCUACUCAACCGACUCCAACUGGACGAUGAUCUGGAAGCUGACACGCUUGACCUCUACGCCUCUACGGAAACACGUGACCUCUUCGUCACCGUCGACGAUCCCAAGAAACACGUCUCCACCAUGGAGACCUACAUCACCUACAGGGUCUCCACCAAGACCUCGCGCAUCGAGUUCGACCUGCCGGAGUACAACCUGCGCCGGCGAUACCAGGACUUUGAUUGGCUGAGGAUGAAGCUGGAAGACAGCCAACCAACCCACCUCAUCCCACCUCUCCCAGAGAAGUUUGUGAUGAAGGGUGUGGUGGAUCGCUUCUCAGAGGAGUUUGUGGAGACUAGGAUGAAGGCACUAGACAAGUUCUUGAAGAGGGUGGCGGACCAUCCCGUCCUCUCCUUCAACCCCCACCUCAAUGCCUUCCUAACCGCCAAGGACCUGAACAAACGACAGGGCCUGGCGCUGCUGACCAAGGUGGGGGAGUCGGUGAAGCAGGCGGCGGGGGGCUACAAGCUGCGGGCGCGGCCACCGGAGUACUGCGUGAUGGGGGAGUACCUCGACACCUUCAACCAGAAGCUGGGCACCAUGGACCGCAUCGCCCAGAGAAUCCUCAAGGAGCAGACUGAGUACCUGGUGGAGCUGAGGGAGUAUGGCUCGGUGUACGCGGGCUGGGCGGGGUCGGAGGACGCCCUGACGCGGCCCCUGGAGGGCGUGGCCGGCUGCGUGUCCACAUGCUGCGGGGCCAUGGAGGACCUGAGUGAGGGCAUGAGCCAGGAGUUGCUGCCGGUCCUCAGAGAGUAUGUCCUCUACAUCGAGUCCAUGAAGAACGUGUUGAAGAAGAGGGACCAGAGCCAGGCCGAGUACGAAGGCCGGCUGGAGGCCGCCGUCAUACGCAAACAGGAGGAGAAGACGCCGGUGCCGGUUGAGGUGGAGAAGUGCCAGGACAGGGUGGAGUGUUUCAAUGCGGACCUGAAGGCGGACUGGGAGCGCUGGCAGAGCAACAAGAGGCAGGACUUCAGACAGCUGCUCACCAGCAUGGCCGACAAGAACAUUAACUACUUCGAGAAGUGCCAGUCAGCGUGGGAGUCUCUGGUCUCUCAGUUACAGGACGACCAGGCAGAGAAUACCAAUGAGACAAACUGCGACUAAUGCAGACACAUAUAUAUAUACACACACACACACACACACACACACACACACACACACACACACACACACACACACACACACACACACACACACACACACACACACACACACACACACACACACACACACACACACACACAGAGACAGAGACACACACACACAGAGACAAAGACACACAGAGAUUGCACACUAACACAGACACACACACUCCCAUGCCAAGGAAAAAGGACCAAUCGGGCCACUUUAAGUGCUGGACUUGGCCCCUCCCCCCUGUUCCCAUGUGACCUGAUGUCACUGGAGGAAGAGAUGACUGGUGCCUCCGCCCCCACCAACACCACGGUGAUGAGGAUGAAGGAACAGUGGAGGGAGGUGGAGACGCUUGUGAUGUUGUGAUUCUUCGGUUGUUUUCUAAGACCUUUUGUAUUUUAUACCUGUAGACGACUCAGUGGCCGGUGGUCCGCCUUCGUGUCUCUCCACCGCCCCGACCUCUAGAUGCUCACGCUUUAGAUGAGGUUGUAUCUAGGCCUUUAUUCCAGGGGCCUGGAAGACGGAGACUUGGAUGUAUUCAGUCUGAACUGCCCUUGGAUGCCUGGCUCCAGGCCAGGGCAGGGGAAAGGCUCUUCUGUCUUUGGAGAGCAGAGUUUUGAUACCAUCACUAUUCACUGCUUCCACACAUGUGAACACAUCCAAGGCCAAUGAGAACCCAUCAUUCUCUCUUUAAUGCGUUUACAUACUUUAGGUGAGUGGUCUUCAGUCGCCUCCGGUUCCACUGUUUGUAUUGUUUCUCCUGUUCAGCAGAAUAUCUGUUCUUAAUUCCUCUUAUUUACUUACUAAUUAUCAGCAGGAGCCACUAAUAAAAUCUUUCUACGCCCUUCCUUGUGCUCCGUUUGACGAUGAUCCAGGACUCCAGUUGGUUGGUUGGUUUGGUUUCACUGGCUGAUAGUGAUGGAGUAAUGCUAUUGUUCAUAGAAAGAAGAGGACAGAGGCAGGACAUUCCAGAGGUCUGUCCCAAGGUGUAAUUCUAUCUGAGAAAAUGUUUGAUUAAGUCUUGAUCUUGAUUUCAUCUCAGACUAAACUGUGAUUCCCCCUUCUUCAUGUUCUUAACGAAUGACACAGAUAUUGGGUCAGAGUUGAGAGAUUGUUGAAAGUUGUGGUUGUUUCCCACAGAGUUAUUCUCUGUAUUUUUGGUUUCCACAACCCUGUGAGUUAAUAAGAACAGGUAGUGGCGUCGAAGCAUCUUUUAAUGACCAUAUCUGGCUAGGUGGAGAACUGACUGGAGAAACACCGCCACCUCGCCACUGAAAGUGUACCGGUAACUCCUACAAAAUAUAUCAACCAUAUUUGUAGUGCUCAAAAAUUUCCCAAUAUUUGCCUUUUCUUAUAAGCAAAAGUUACUAGUUUACUAGUGGUUGACGGCAGCGGUUCCUCUAUUCAACCAAUGCAAACUUUGUUUGAGGGCUGCUUUGAUAAAGGGGCGGGAGGAUUACUAAAAGCCAAUUCUGACGUCACAAGUAGGCGUGGCCACCCAGAUGCUUGUAUAGGAAGACAGUCAGCCGCCACAUAGUUGGAUACAUUCCCCAUCACCUGGACUCUACCAACCUGUACAGGCUGAAUCUGGGGGGACACUUGUGAUGUCACCAUAGGGUAUAUUUAGAAAUGGCUCUUAAAGAUGUAAGAGUGUCUCUUUGUACACAGACUGAACAGGAUGGUGUGUCCUUGCUUCAAACACCAGUUUGUGACUUUAAGCAUGUGAGACGUACGGAUGUAGAUACAGCCUUCUCUACGUCUACAGCAACAACGGCUGAGGUUUCAUCGGCGGUUUGGUUAAUAUCAUUUUUAUUGGCGUGUUUUACCCACCAUUAUGGCCUCUUGUCUGCCCCCCUCUAUCAGAACCCUGUAAACAAACGACUCUACCGGGGACCAGUUUAUUUUUCAAUUGUAUUUUGUACCAUAAUUGUUUUGUAACUCCUUUUCAAGAUCUGUUGUUUCCCUGUUUUCUUUGAAAGACUCUUGACAGUUAUAAUGUGUCGGGAUGGAUUUAUAACACCAUGAAGAAUCCUUUCAUGUUUGACAUGACGAGAUGUAAAUAUGCAGCGUUGAUGUCCAUUGAGUCAAGGUGUUGCCUCAGAUGGAGGCUGCUUCGUUUUAUUGGCCUAUGAAUGGAGUACAUGAGAGGGCAGCCCUCAUUUUAAACCCGGAUACAAUUUGUUUUUCUGGAGAGGUACUGGGCCAGAGAAUGUGAACCCUAGUGUUUAGGCUGAAGGGGAGGUUGACCCCCCUCGGUACUGAAGACCCCCCUUCCAUCAUACAUCACCUUUAAAACGCACCCGGGACUUUUGGACCAUGACAUUUAUCUGCUUUAAUGCAAUACGUACAGUUUAUCCCCAAAUAUAACUUAAAAUAAACAAAGUGAAGAAUCUAUUUUUGUAAUGGGAACAGGAAUGUUGACUGAUGUGUUUACAAUGAGGCUUGUGUAUGUUUGCCUGGAUAUGGGUGUUGAGGUAACUGUAUAUUAAUAAUUAUAAAUUUAUUAAGACACCAUUAAGAAUGGUACGGACAGGUAGCCUGAUUGCCGUGUAGUAAACACUCAUCCGUGUUUAUCGCAUCAGUAAUAAGGGUUAGGUAGGGGUUCUUUUUGGGGACAGCCUACUAGCAUCCAGCUCCCCUCCCUCUGUUACUCAGCUCUGGGUCAUGUUCUUGGCUUCUGGCCACUGAUCCAUUUUCUGUCAUUUCUAAAUCUGUUCUAACCAUCUUUUGGAUGCUAAAUAACAUUGUCAUGAUUAAAAAAGAAAAGAAAAAAAUGCCUGUAUAUUGAUGUCGUUUUGAUUGCAAAUUAUCUUUACCUCACAUCAUCAUUUAGAUAUAUUGGACCAAUAAUAAAAGGGAUGAUAAUAAUAAUCCAUAGCUCUGAAAACGUUUUUCUUCUCUCUCGUGUCAUGAAUCUGAUGGCCAAGCGGUUUUCUAAGGCAAGACUCCGAUGAGGGUAAAUAGCUUCCUCUGAUGCUGUGGUCUACAGGUGGGCGAAUACAAGUCAGGGUUGGCAUUCGGAACCAAGGAAAGGUCUUCAAUCUGUUUGCUUCUUCUUGUACUUUAUUUAGCUUGUGUUUGAGGGUGCAGGGAUAUGGCAGUGUUCCCACUUUAAGAGCCCCAUCCUGUACUCUAGCCAAUUUGAGGUUUAUUUUAGGAUAUCGACCUAUUUAACUCCAUGGGAGAUACUUCUAAUCUCGAACGAAUGAGGUUUUGUGAGAAACUUAAUUAGAAUGAUUUGUAUGUCUGUCAUAAGUGACAUUCAUCUGCCGUGAACAUACAAGCCCCGCUCCUAAACACCCUAAAACCCGGUCAUUCUGAAGGGGCCUUGUGAUCUGCGUUUUUUUCUCUACCAAACGGUGUCCUCUUUGUAUUUUCCCUUGCUUGUGACAAAGAAAGGUCCUGGUUACCCAUCCAAAAUGUUUGAAUCUUCUCAAUGUGCAGAUCUGAGAUACUCCUUCAACCCAUCAGUGGUUCUCUUCCUAAUCUUGCGGCCAAGGAUCUGAAUAUAUAACUGAGCCACAACCCCGGCCAAGGCCCUCCAGCCAAUGGCAGGUCCUUGAAGGUGAUAUGGGUAAGUGUGCUUACCGGCAUUACCCCAUUGUGACUGUCAGGCUUCAGCUGUCGCGAAUCCCUCACUCAGUUUAUCAUCAUCGCCCCAACUUGAAUUGGAUGAAAUGUCAUGAUCGUGCUGGGAAGAGACCCCUUUAUUGGCCACUGGUGUUGCCACUGGAUGACCUGUGGGGCUCCUGUCUGUGGAGGGGGCGUUGGAAGGGCUACAUAGACUUCAUCCCCACACUCUAAAGGCCCUCCAAAUCGUUACCCCUCAGCUUCAGGGAUUCAGCGACGGUUCCGGAUCUCCUGUUGGCUCAGGCAGCACAAAGCCACAGUCCAAACGAAGUCUACAGUCCAACAGCUCCAAAAGUCGGCAGACACUUGGGAGCAGCCGGUUUGUAGACUGGGACGAUGGUGGAAACUGGUUACCCUGUGAAGCUACAGUAUAGUUGCUCAUGGUGUCUUUUAACCAACUGACUUGUAAACCACUUGAUAAGCAACUCACACCUGCCACCCUGCUACAUCUGCUGGACUUGACCAAGAAACACUUGGUCAUACUUUACACAUCAAGCUCGGCCUCUUGCUACACCGAGAUCAUGUCCUAGACCUAGGUGUACCAUGUAAAAUACAUGUUACCAUUAGCUAGAGUGUCGUUCUUGGUGUCAUUGGACUCAGCUCAACGUGUAGAUGCUAAAUAACAUGUCAUUUGUGACAUCUUUAUCGGGAAGCAAAUCAAUAGCUGCUCAGUAUUGAUUAAGGCCUCCAAUUUCAACAGCUAAUUACUACCAUUAAACAUGUUCGAAUAUGCUCAUGUGUGGCACCGUUGCAAUCGCCUGGAAGCGUAGAUGUUGAAGGACACCUUGUUCGUCCUCUUACGCCACCGGGAAGAUAUUUACAUGCUUCUGAUUGACUAAUGAAUUGAUUCAGCUAUUCCCCCAGAAGUCUGGGGUCAAAAGGUCAAAAGGAGACGGCACCACGCCGGGGUGGAUCCAGAUCUCGGGCAACAGCGCAGGGUUGCCAGGUCCUGCAAAAAACGUGCCCCCCACAUACCGUUCAAAAUCCACCCAAAAUGUCCUAGAAGCAUCCCAAAUAAAAAAUGAUAUUAUUGGCCAUUUUGGCCAACGUUUUGAAAGUAAUACUAUUUGAGGGAAUAUUUUUUUUUUGUUUUAGCAGCGAAAUGCACCGUGUGUGUGUGUGUGUGUGUCUGUGUCUGUGUGUCUGUGCGUGCGUGUGUGUGCUUGUGUGUGCUUGUGUGUGUGUGUCUGUGCGUGUGCGUGCGUGUGUGUGUGUGUAUAACACGCUAUUUUAUGUUGAAAUGCGACGUAAUCCA